AUGGCUGCCGGGUACCAGCCGCUUAAAAGCGUGGAUGUCCUCGAAGAGGAGACCCGUCCUCCACCUCGUUCUCGGCGCUUGAUAUAUGGCGUCUUCUUCAUCUUCGCCACAGCUGCGCUUUCUGCGUACUAUGCCGUCCCGCCUGACGUGGACGACGAGCCUCUCAAGCAAUGUGCGUCCGGGCUGCCACCGCAUGCGACGCCUCCUGCGCCUGUGAAUCCCUGGGCAUCAUUGACUGUCCUCGAGACUGUCGCAAUCGCAGACUGGCUCGACGCGCCCGAGCGAGCCCUGAAUCUCACUCCUGGCAGCCGCGUGUCGAUCGCUGACAACUUCAUCUAUCACAUCGGCGCGUUCCGCCCAGCAAAGGCAGACGCUCUGUUCUACCUCGAUGAUCCCUCUGCUCAUGGUCCACCCGAUCGCUAUGCACGCGUGACGAUCCACCACGGCGCAGCCGCCGAACCAUACGUGCAGGACUACCUCAUUGGGCCUCUCCCAAUUGACGGGAAGACGGGCAUACGUGAGCUAACCGAGGUUUAUCAUCGCGAUGCGAUCCCGUAUAAUGCGCGAGGAUACACGACGCUUGCUGAGAUCAAUCCGAUCCUGACGGACAUCAUGCCGUCGCUCGCAGAGGCAACAAAGGAAUUGUUUGAUGGCGUCGCACUCGGCCUCCCGAACGACACUCUCGUCGCAGGCGCCGUCGGGCCACUCAGCUUCGACGGCACCUUCCGCCGUACAUGGAUCAACUGGCGGCGCAACGUUCCGGGUCUCUGGCUGCACCCCGUCGGAUUCUUCCUCUACAUUGAUAUGUCUGGCACGGACCCACGCGAGUGGAGGCUGUUGAAGAUCGUGUACAACCAUCAAGUCUUCGAUAGCGUGGAGGAGUUCAUGACUGCCUUCCACGGCGGCUCGCUCAAGCGUCUUCCCAAGCGACCUGACAGCAAGGACGUCGAAUGGACGUCGCGCACGCGACCAGAUACAACGCCGCGUGACCUGGACCAUCUCCCUGGCCCGCGCGCAGUGUCGUUCGCAGGACUGCGCUUCCGCGUAGACCGCGCGACGCAGUACAUCAGUUGGAUGGGCUGGGGCAUGUACCUGGGCUUUGAUCGUGACAUGGGGUUGAGUUUGUGGGACAUUCGGUUCAAGGGAGAGCGGCUGAUCUAUGAGCUUGCCCCGCAAGAGGCCAUUGCACAGUACGCUGGCAAUGACCCGAUGCAGUCGAGCACCGCAUGGCUCGACCGCUACUUUGGCAUGGGUGGCUCUGUACGUGACAUGCUUCCAGGAUACGACUGCCCGCACGAGGCGGUGUUCCUCCCUGCGACGACACACGGCUUUACUGGUAGUGUAACGCGGCAGAGGGCAAUCUGCAUCUUCGAGCACGACACUGGCCGCCCAAUUACGCGGCACAUGGGAUACAGCCAAGGCGAGUUCGGCGCCGUGAAAGGCUACGUGUUGGUCGUGCGCAGUAUCUCGACCGUUGGGAACUACGAUUACCUGUUCGACUACAUUUUCCAACUCGAUGGCACUAUCGAAGUCAAGUUGUCUGCGUCUGGGUACCUCCAGGGUGGUUUCUGGGAGUCGACGCAAGAAGGAUACGGCACCGCCAUCCGCGACACCACUAUGGGCUCGCUGCACGACCAUGUCAUCAACUUCAAGGUAGAUUUGGAUAUCGCUGGCCCAAAGAACUCGCUUCUGUUCACGAACACCGCGCAGGAGGAAGUCUCGCAGCCGUGGUUCGAGGACGACUGGGGCAGCACGGUUCUCCAGCAGAAGAUCACUCGGAAGAUCAUCGAGAAUGAGAACGACGCGCUUCUCCGGUACCCGCAGAACUUCCAGGGCGGGUACGCGCUCGUGAAUACAGAAGCACUCAACCGGUGGGGUAUCGCACGUGGGUACGCUGUCCACCCUGGGUACUCGCCCAUCUACAACACUGUGGUUGGCUCGAAGCGCCUCCUGAACAACGCGAACUGGGCGCGGUACAACCUUGCGGUAUCGCGUCGCAAGGAAACAGAGCCGUCGUCGAGCAGCAUGUGGAACCAGAACCUGCCUGGAGCACCCAUGGUGGACUUCCACAAGUUCUUCGACGGAGAGAACAUCACGCAGGAGGACCUCGUCGCGUGGAUCAACGUGGGCAUGCACCAUCUGCCGCAAGCCGAAGACGCCCCUAAUACACGCACGAAUUUAGCAACGUCGAGUUUCUUCCUAACCCCGCUCAACUACUUUGAUGAGGACAUCUCCAUGGACGCACUGAACGCCAUCCUGCUCGCCCCGCCUGAGCGACCAGGCGACGCGUGGACAUACGAAGACUACGGCGUCAAGGCCGUACAUUGUGUCCCGCCCGCGGUCCCGCCGUUUGAGUACGUUGGUGUCGAGGCGUAUGGGCUGGACGGGCGACCGGCGCCUCCGGAGAGCGCUGACGAGAUGCGCAAGGGUGCAGAGAUGUAUCAUCGUAUCAAACUCGAGCUGUGA